UUCCCUGUCACAAAAACAGAAAAGCAGUAGAAGACCCAAUACACUAUCAUCUUCCCCUCCUCUCUUCUCAAAGCCAACCCCUAACAAAUAUGCAAACUUCCUUUCUCUCCUUCAUCACCGAAUACCUUCCGCACAUAUCCACCUCCAUAGCUCUUCUCGCCGUCUUCGUCGCCUAUCUCUACACCCCCUACUGGUCAUUGCGAAGCGUGCCCGGCCCUCCGCCUCUUCCUCUCGUCGGCCACCUUCCUUUGUUCGCCAAACACGGCCCUCAGCUCUUCACCAUUCUCGCCAACCGCUACGGCCCCAUCUACAGAUUUCAUAUGGGAAGACAGGUUAUUGUGAUUGUGGCGAGUCCGGAGCUCUGUUAUGAGGUGGGAAUCAAGAAGUUUAAGAGUAUUAAUAGGAGGAGUAUUCCUCCUCCCAUUGCUGGGAGUCCUCUGCAUCAGAAAGGUCUCUUCUUUACGAGGGAUUAUUCAAAGUGGACAGCAAUGAGAAACACAAUCAUCUCCCUCUACCAGCCUUCCCACUUGGCCAGCCUCAUCCCAACCAUGCAAUCUUACAUAGAAUCUGCAACUUCUUUCCUCUCUAAAUCUCAGGAAGAAGGCAAUGACAUCAUCUUCUCCGACCUCUCGCUCAAGCUUGCCACCGAUGUCAUCGCCCAAGCCGCCUUUGGUUUCGACUUCGGCCUCCUUAGAAGCCAAUCGUCAUCAUAUAAUAAUAAUAACAACAACAACAACAAUAAUAACGAAGUUUCGGAAUUCAUCAAAGAGCACAUAUACUCUACUACCUCACUCAAAAUGGAUCUCUCUGGUUCCUUCUCCAUAAUACUAGCUCUGCUGAUUCCAAUCCUUCAGGAGCCUUUCAGGCAAGUUCUGAAGAGGAUCCCUUGGACAGCAGACUACAAAAUAGAGAGAACAAACUCGAAGCUCAGUAAGAAACUUGACUCCAUCGUAACACAAAGGGAGAGGGAAAAGGAAAGAGGGAGAAAGAACUUCUUGUCUGCUAUACUUUGUAAAAGAGAAGAUCAGGAAGGUGAACAUUCAAAAAGGAAACUUGACUUCAUUAGCUCUGACUACAUCAGCUCUCUUGCUUAUGAGCACCUCCUCGCUGGCUCCACCACCACUUCCUUUACUCUCUCUUGUGUCAUCUACUUGGUUUCGAAGCAUGAGGAGGUUGAGAAGAAGCUUCUGAGAGAGAUCGAUGAAUUCGGGUCGUCUGAUCUUCUGCCAACGGCUGAUGAUCUGCAUCAUAUGUUUCCUUAUCUUGAUCUGGUGGUUAAAGAGGCUAUGAGACUUUACACAGUGUCGCCGCUGAUUGCAAGAGAGACAAACCAGCAGGUUGACAUUGGAGGCUAUCUUCUACCUAAGGGGACAUGGGUGUGGCUAGCACCAGGAGUGCUAGCCAUGGACCCGAAACACUUUCCAGACCCGCAUCUUUUUCGGCCCGAGAGGUUUGACCCGACCGGUGAAGAAGAGAAGAUGAGACAUCCUCAUGCUCACAUACCUUUCGGGCUCGGCCCGAGGGCUUGCAUAGGUCAAAAGUUUUCCUUACAAGAGAUCAAACUCACAGUAAUCCAUCUUUAUAGAAAUUAUAUUUUCAGACAUUCUUCUAAGAUGGAGUCCCCUUUGCAAUUUCAGUUUGGCAUAGUUGUUAAUUUCAAGCAUGGGGUUAAGCUCCAAGCCAUUAAGAGGUGAGUUUGAGAAUGAAAAAUCUUCAUCUGAACCUAUAAUUUAUAAUAUUUU